GGGGCCGCCGGUUGCGGGCGGUGGCGGCGGCUGAAGGGCAGCGGCGGCGAUGGGCUCUGCGGGCUGAUUGGUAAAGAUGGAAAGAGGGAGAGGAGGAGGAGGAGGAAGGAACCUGGGAAGCUCUGGCCUGCAUAGGAGCAUUUAUUCCCAGUCCCAGCAGCCAUACCAUUACCCGGUCUCCUCCCAGGAGGGCUGCAUGGAGAUCCAGGAGCUGGCCUCCAAGAGGGUGGACAUCCAGAAAAAGCGAUUUUAUCUGGAUGUGAAACAGAGCUCCCGAGGCCGUUUCCUGAAGAUCGCCGAGGUCUGGAUAGGAAGAGGCAGGCAAGACAAUAUCAGGAAAAGCAAGCUGACCCUCUCCUUGUCGGUGGCCACUGAGCUGAAGGACUGCCUGGGGGACUUCAUCGAGCACUACGCCCACUUAGGCCUGAAAGGCGGCCACGGUCACCGUCACGAGCACAGCAAUGACAAAGAGCAGCAUCCCCGGAGGCGACAGCAGCACCCGCCACCCUCGCCUCCGGUGUCUGUCGGCUCCGAAGAGCACCCUCACAGCGUCCUCAAAACAGAGUAUAUUGAGAGGGACAACAGGAAGUAUUACCUGGACCUGAAGGAGAAUCAGCGAGGGCGCUUCUUGCGGAUUAGACAAACCAUGAGUAGAGGACCUGGCAUGAUGGGUUAUUUUGGCCACAGCUUGGGACAGGAGCAGACAAUUGUCCUUCCAGCGCAAGGGAUGAUUGAGUUCAGGGAUGCUUUGGUCCAACUUAUUGAAGAAUAUGGCGAGGGGGACAUAGAGGAUCGCCGGGGGGCAGGCGACGAGCCCCUAGAGCUCCCUGAGGGCACCUCCUUCCGAGUGGACAACAAGCGCUUCUAUUUCGAUGUGGGAUCCAACAGGUAUGGCAUUUUCCUGAAGGUAAGUGAGGUGAGGCCGCCCUACCGUAACACCAUCACAGUCCCCUACAAAGCGUGGACACGGUUUGGGGAAAAUUUUAUCAAGUAUGAAGAAGAGAUGAGGAGAAUUUACAACAGCCAUAAAGAAAAAAGAAUGGAUGCCAGAGGGGACAGUGGUGAAGAGCAAGAGGGUCUUGAAUAGAGUGCAUUGAACUGGCCAUGUGGCAAAAUAGACAAAACAAAACAAGCAGAAAUUGGUGAGAGGAACUGACCUGUAGUAAUUUCAAAUCGCCCCAUUUUUUUGUAAAGUCCUGUUCCUGAUAGUUCUCGCUAACUCCAGUCCGUAAUGUUAUAGGAGUCUGGUUAUCAUGUUAAUUUAUCACAACAGCCCCAAACGUCUCCCUGUGUCUUACAAAAGUACCAACCUCCCAAGUCCGUAUGAGUCAGCUGCUUUGAGUGUUGAAGACUAUGGAAGUACACGUAUCAGCACAAAAAAAAUCCGGCACUCUGACCUUUAAAUAGUUUAGGUAAGGCUUGUGUUGCACUUCAAUGUGAUACAAAAAAAACCCAAACCCCAAACCUUAUGCCAAAAUGUAUCAGUUUCUGCUUAUGAUGGGUUUUCCAGGACUGAAUUCUGCCUGCACUCGGUCAAAAGGCCGAGCAGCACAGCCAUAGGGCAUUUCCGACAAAAAAUUGACUUCAUGUGAAUUGCUGGUAUGUCUAUGAGGAGAGGUAGAGGUUUUAACAUUGGCGUCUGCUGGUUAUUGAGUUUGAAAUGAUAUUAUGUGGGCGUAAAAGUUUGACAACUGGUCAGACCUUUAUAUUGUGCUGGUGAAGAGUGGAAAAUUUGUUAUUCACUUUAUGUUUUUGUGCUGACCGAAUAACCCAAGUGUCCCAGGAUAGCGUAGUUCUACUUGAACGCUCAGCCUUCUGAAUGAAUGGCAAUGAAUAAUAACCCACUCCUCAACUAUGUGUUCUGCCCCUCUGAGGCUGGUGAUUGUUUUUCAUUUUUAAUGCAUUUGUCCAAAAUUUCAGAAGGUAUUUUUGUAUUAGGGGUGUUAUGGGUUCCAGCAGGCAGUUGUGGAGCGGGUAUCGGGAGUCACCGAGGCUCCUGGUUUCUCUCCCAAUUGUGAGAUUAAUGCGGUUAUGUUACCCAUGUGAGGAAAACAACCAGGUGUUUUUCGCCUCCCACUGCAAGGAAGACCUUUGCAGGGUUUGGUGCACCAUUAGGUUCGUCUAUAAAAGCAUCUGUCUCGUACUUACCCAUAAUGUUUUUCGGAAGCCACGGUUAACGCUGCAUUGGGUUAUCUGUCAUAUGAUUUUCCAGGUGGUAUUGUAGGAGAUGAUAUCUGUGCUCUGCCAUCACCCCCUUCCUUCCUGCUCAAGCAGUUCAAGUCCUGAUCUCCCACCACUGGCUUCAGUACUGUCCUGCUGAAGUGUCUGUAACCUAAAUUUUACAUCUUGCGAUAGAAACUCUCUCCCUGGAGAGAAAAUGUGUGCAAUUGCCUGGUUAGGAGGUUGAUGAAAGGCUUUGAAAAGUCUUUGUCAUUCCUUAGAACAUGAAUACUUAGACCAUAAGGGGUUUUGCCAGCCCUUGGGCGACCAGCUCUUUCCCCUCUGAAACCAGCAGGAGUCUGAUUGACCAGCGACUUCCAAUAAUGCGUUGCCCACCUUUACAAUUAUUUUUAAGUAGGCAUUACUGUAUCAAAUCAGAUAUUUAUAAUCGGUUGAAUCGCUUUUUGUUGCGGAGUGGCCUAGUGUGCAUGUGGUCCAGCUGUUUUACCACUACAUGUUUCUUUAUUUAAUCUGUUGAGAAAUGUAUUUAUCUCCAACCAGACUGUUCUUCGUCUGGACCCACCUGCACGCUGCAUGGCCACACUCAAUCUGAAUGCUGUCAUUAACCAUGAGGAUAAAAGUUGGGGAGGCAAGGGUGGGAACCAAGAGGAUAAUCUGGACUUGAGUUUGGGUACUAAAACUGCUCGAUCUGUUUUAACUUUAAUGAAAAAAAAAAAAGAAAAAAAGAAAAAAAAAAAUAAAAGCUUGCACCAAAGUCACCAAAGAACCUUUAGGAAAAUGUUACAGUUGUGACAAGAAGUAAAAAAGUUAAUUUCACUGUUUUAGGUGAUUUCCCCCUUUAAGUAAACCACACACAUAGCAGUUACAGCAGCCAAGCCUUCAGCUUAGUGACAAACACUCCCAUCCGUUUCUGCUUAGAGCGCUCUUUCAGGUACUUUUUCAACUCUCGGAGAGGUGUUUUCACUCCACCACUCCAAUUGCUCGCGGACCACGAUGAAUCAGCUGGAGGUUAGACGAGGUACUGGUUCAUUGUCGCUCUUAGGGCUUUGGUCCCAAUGGUUUUAACAAGUCAAUUAAAAAAAAAAACAAACCCAAACCAACAUUAAAAUAGCUCUACAUUCUAUUAUUGGUGUGAAACCAUAAUUUAGUGAAUGAGUCCUUGAUGUGUACAUUAGCAUAUCACUGACUGCUGCUGCUCGUCACAGUGCCUGGAGUAAAAAAUUAACUUCUAUUCCAACAAACCGGAGCUACGAAUGUACAAACUUUUUACGCUCUCUUUCCCCUUCCUAUUUCUAUGUGGCAUUCCUCCCCCACGAGCUUGACAUCUCCCCGUUCCAGCCUUCCUUUGCCUCAAGGGAUUGUAAAAGCUCCUACGUUGGAAUUAUCCUGAGUGACCAUGUGUGUUGUAAGUGAUCUUCCCUUCCCUGUGUUUCUGUAGCGUUGGUGAGGAAAAUACUUGCAAAGUGAUUGGAAAGGGAUAUUUUCUUCACCGUUUUAAAAGAAAAAAAAACAUGCAAAAUGGCUUUCCUUAUUGCUGCCCAAUUUUUUACCCCUGCCCUUUAUCUUUUGUUAAUGAAUUGGCCUUCCAGCAAAGUUAGUUUAUUGUAAAUAUCACCCAGGAAUUCAGCGCCUGCUGGCUGCUGGGUCAGGCUUGGUGCUGACUUGCAGGUAUCCCAUAGGAUCCCUGAAUGCAUCUACUCCCCCUGGCACGGGAUGCACCUUAGUAUCCAAAACUCGAUGGGGAUCAUCACGUUCAUAGCUGAUCAUCCCUGGGUAGACCGCCAGCCAUGGGUUUCCACCACAGUGGAAAGCACCAAUGUUUGGAAUCUUGUCAUCGGAGGGUAGUGCAGACUCACGCGAAACGUAGCAACGCAAGACUUUAAUGGUGAGAUUGGCAAAUGGGUUCCUUAUUAUUUUUGGCAGCACAACUUCAGCUUCUGAGAGCAGCGAUAAUGCAGGCUGCUCAUGCGCAGAAGGGCCCAUCAGGAUGCUCGGGAACACUGAAUCCCUAAUGCAUUUUAAAUGUUCGUUCCUGAUGCCCUGAAACUGCCACGUCCCUUAAACUUGAGAAAACACAAGCUUAUUUGCACUAGAAAGAACGGCCAAAAACCAUCCUUAGGAGGACAGGGUGAAGAGCACCGGUCUGAACCUCUUUUUCUCAAGAGAGAAUUUCCUAUUCAAGCCCUCACCUCUGUUUCAAAAUUGUAUGGUCCUGGCAGAAAGUCUGUCAGUUCAAUAAUUAAGUAGUAAUGCACUUUAUAUUGUGUAAAUAAUGCUAGGAGCACAUUUCUGCUCCUGCUCUGGUAAGGGGAUGCUUCGGUAACGAAGGCUAAUGCUGAAAGCAGCUGUCUCCUGCAUGCAUGUGUCUGUUACAGACCUAUCAUCCUUGCUCAGUCCAGCUCCGCUCAUAUGUUAGAGGAGGAUAGGCACUAUAUUGAGGAUUCUUUCCAGCCACCAAGAGUGGGAUGAUGUUAUUUUUUUUUUUAAGUUGUGAUUUGCAGAGCUGCUGGGCCUACUCAGCUCCGCUCUCGCUGCGGCUCCGAGCCCCUUCUGCAAAUCAGGCCCCUGACAUUGCUGUCGAUGCUUAAACUCAAGCUUUUCAUGUAUAGUCUCAACAAAGCCGAGUCCAGCAGCUCCCUCCUACUUGGCCUUCCUCACUGUUCCCAUGGGGGCAGUCCCUAAAAAGCUUAUCCCAGGAGGAAGGGGCUACAGGGACCUUGGAGCCAAUGGGGGUUGUGUUGAGUUCAGCUCAUGGAGUUGGCUUUCUCGGUGAAGUACAGAGGCAGGGGCAUGCUAACGAAGGGUUGGGAAGCGUUUUGCAUGUGCUGUGGUGAGGGUGACCCCCUCGGGUGCUCCGGAGGGGCUGGCAAAAGCUGCUGUCGCAGGUUUGUGGCAUCAAGUCUGGAUGAUGGACUUCACCCGACAAGAAGCUGCAGUGGUUAUUGGUAAUCUUGUCGUCGUUAAGUGUUUCUUAUCUGUAUUCGAUAUAUACAAAUUCAUAUCCGCAUAUAGGCAUUACUAUAUUUAUGUGAGUAUAUUGUAGCCUGUAGUAGCUCGUAGCGAAAUAAUCUUAUUUAUCUGAAGUACGCAGUCUAAAGAGGGGAGAGUUUUCUCCUACUACUGGUCUGGAUGAACGUGGUAUUUCACUGAGAGCUGGUUGCGUGCGGUUUGUCGUGGCCCUUGUAAGGUUUCUGCUCUUAUCCCUUAGGUUUUCAGCAAGGCUGCAAGGGAAAACUGAGUCAAGAGAAGGCAAAACUCUUCCUUGGAGUUGUUGUUGAGGUGAGAGCUGUAAGGAAGAGGCAGCUGCAGGUAGUGCCGGCCACAUCAUGUUUCAAUGCCAUUUUACAACCCCUGGCUCUGCAAAUCUGUACUACCAUGCUUGUAAAAUCCCAGGCAGAAGUAUUAAAAUCCCAUCCUUUAUACAAAAGAAAAAAAAAGCAAGCAGUUACCAAAAUCAAUGUCAGCAGGCUUUUUUUCUGCUAAAGAUGUCGUGGUCUAAUGAUUGCAUCAUUUAUUUUUCCCUAUGGCCCAUUGAAGAGACCGGAACUCACAGGGAAGGGAGUUCAUGGUGGUUAGGGAUCCGGCUGCCGGCUUGACUUGCAGCCCUUUUCUCCAAGCGUAGUAAUUUUUGUAGCAGAAAAAGGUUUAUUAUGAUGUAUUUUUAUUGGGCAGAAUUUGCACCCGGUCAAAAGUUAAUUAAUAAGCGGUUUUAGUUCUAUGGUGUUCCUACUUUGCUAUACAUACAGUAUAUAUAUAUAUAUAUACACACUUGAUAAAAUAAAUCUUAAAGAAAAUUAUACCUUCCUUUAAUUUUCUAUGCUGCUUCCUCCAAAAGUAAAAUGCCCUUUAUUUGUAGUUAUUUACUGUGUUGUGAUGUCUGAAACUCACCUUUCCCCUCCCCAUUCCUUUCAAGUAAAGGUUGUAUUUGAAAUAAAGAGUUUAUCCGAGUAAGAAUGGAAAUAAUGGCUACA